AUGGCUAUAUCGUCAAAAGAACGUAAGGAACAAGAAGGCAGGAUCCUCUUAGCCAUUGAGGCUUUAAAGAAUGAUCAAAUUCCGUCAUUGCGAGAAGCAGCGCGCGUUUUCAACGUUCCGCAAACCACCCUCUGGAACCGCGUUAAAGGAGUCAAAUCACGAAGCGAUAUACAUGUCGUUUCGUGUAAAUUGACUCUUGCAGAGGAGGAGACGUUAGAACAGUGGAUUCUCUCCUUGGAUAAGCGAGGGCUUCCCCCCAGGCCUUCCCAUGUUCGUGAAAUGGCGUCUAUAUUGAUCCGGAAACGAGGAGCCUCGCCGGAGGCAUCGGAUGAGGCUUUAGUAGGGCAAAAAUGGGUAUACAACUUUAUUAAACGCCAUGACUCUUUAAAGACA